AUGGAAAACUCAGAUUCUAGCGAUCAAGGAAAUGACCAAUCUGCAGCACAGCGCAGAAGGCAAAUGGAUCCAUUGGAUCGGGAAGAAGCUUUCUAUCGAUUUGUAAAUAAUCUGAGCGGAGAAGACUAUCGACUUAUGAGAGACAACAAUUUGCCAAGCACCGCAAGUCAAAGUACUGAGGAGGAGCUUCUCAGAGGACUACAGCAAAUUAAAGAGGGGCCACCACCACCACCCCCGCCACAGAGCUCAGAAGAAAAUAGACGUGGAGUCUCUUCAGAUGACCUGUCCAAUGGUGAGUCCAUAACAGAUUGGCCUAACUCUGUCAGCCAGACUGGCAAUACAACAAGAAGUGGUCAGAGAGGAAAUCAGUCCUGGAGGGCAGUGAGCCAGACUAACCCAAACAGUGGUGAUUUCAGAUUCAGUUUAGAGACAAAUGUCAACCGUAAUAAUGGAAGCCAAACCCCAGAGAAUGAAAAUAAAACAUCUGCUACUCGUCUUAAUGUAGAAAACAUGGACAGCAGCAGUCAAAGGCAAAUGGUAAAUUCAGCAUCUGACACAUCAUCUGCCAGAAUACCUAGUUCAGAAUGCAGUUCUGCUGAAGCAUUAACAGAAGUGCCAUCCACCAGAGGUCGGAGGAGGGAAAGAAGCCGGAAACCCGAACACCAGAGAAGAACCAGAGCCAGAGCUGAGAGAAGUAGGUCCUCUCUGCACCCAGCAAAUGCAAUUCCACGAAGAUCUCAUCAUAGCAUCUCAUCUCAGACUUUUGAGCACCCUUUGGUAAACGAGAUCGAGGGAAGUUCUAGGGCCCCUCGCCUUGGGACUUUGAGACAGCACAUAACUGGACCUGAGUUGCUAGGUAGAGGUCCUUGUGCGGCUUCUGGGUCAAGAAAUUCUGCAGCUCAAGGGACAAGUUAUUCAGACACGGAUACCAAUGGUGAAGCGGCAGGAUCUGGUCAAAGACCUCCAACCAGAGACCUUCAAGUCAGAAGGGGUCUGCUGGGAGAAUACCCGCAGAGAGAGAGCAUAGCUAGCAGAACUCGGUCAAGGUCUCAGACCCCAAACAACACAGUCACUUCUGAAAGAGAAGAUGGAGGUUUUAUACGCACCUUUACACUUUUGGGACGUGCAGCUGGGAGAACCUAUGUGAGUAGAGACGGGUUUUCCACUCUUACAAUCUUCGAUCCUGGAUCAAGGGAAACUACAACUGUUCCGAUUCAAACCAGGCUAAGGCAGAGAUCGACAAGUUUGGGUGAGCUUCCAUGGAGUGGAAGACCUUCCGAUGGUUACAGUUCAGAAACUCUCUCAGCGAUGUUUGAAGGAGGAGAUCGAACAAGAAAGGAAAGCUCUGCUUUCGUGGUGGUGGCAGUUUCUCUAAAGGGUAUGCUUUCUUGGGUGAAAACAGGGGAGGAGAAGAGUUCUUGCUUUCAGAGAAAGGGAGGGCUGGGCGGAACCAUUCCUGGUUACUACAGGGGAGGCAGCAUUGCGGUUGUCAUAGAAACCGGGGGUCAUUAUGGCGACCAUUUUCAAAUGGCGACAGGGCGAUGUCCUGGAAACGAGCAUUCAGUUCCUGGUGUUUGGACUGAGUUGAGCUUAUGGGUUCCCGGAGGUGAGCACCAGAAUCUUCCUGAGGGUUGGGAGGCAGAUGCAGGGAUUCCACUACCUCGGGGUUUGCAGCCUGUGUAUCUCCGGAAGGAGAGAGACUUGGGGCCAUUCUGCCUCCUCCUGUGCUGUUCUGUACCCGGGAGUGCUGGAGCCAUUGUCCAGGCAGGGAGUUGUGGGAGAGUGAGCAGGAGGGAGAUGGGGCAGAAUGAGCAGGCUGUGAUCCCGGCUUCCCUCUCUGUGAAAAGGGCAUGA